UGAGAACCAAAUGUUCGAUUAAGGGUAAGGCCGAAUAAAUUUGAACCAUAUCUCGUAAAAUAUCUCCUCCUGAAUCGACAGAAGCUUAAAAACUCAAACUCCAUUUUGGCUCCGUACUUUUACGUAUUUCACUAACAAGAUUUUUGGAAAAGCUUAAAAGUACCUGAGAGAUAUGGUAUUAGGUAUUUCCAAAAAACAAUUUUUAGCCCAAUCGAUGCUUUUGAAAUUGUUUUCACUCAAGCAUAUGUAGGUGUGGGUGUGGACUGGAUGUAGGUGGAUGAAGAAGAAGGGAAGACCGACCCCCACACCCACACCCCAUAUCAGAAACUUUGACUACUAAUUUUCUAUUCAGUAGGAGAUAUUUUACGAGAUAUGGUUCAAAUUUAUUCGGCCUUACCCUUACUCGAACAUUUGGUUCUCAAAAAAGCGAAACAAGUAUUAAUUAAAGUAUACAAUGUAGAUUUAGUUUAUUAUUCCUUAGUAGUUUACGUCAGGAAACAACAUGCUUCGUUGCCUGAUAUUGUAGUAAUUAAUGAAAAUGAUUCGCUAAAAGAAAUAUGCCAUUCCGCAAUGAAUAAAUCGGCUAGACAACGAGGAACUCUUGUUAUUUGUGAGACCAUUGAACAUAGUAAAAUAAUUACAGAAAACCUUCAACAAGAAUAUCGAUCAAGUGCAAUUAAACUUUACAUUAUGAAUGAUAGCAAUCAUAUGAGAAGAAUAUAGAAAUAAUAUAUCCUGAAAAAAUAAUUAUAGCUACGAAUCUAUCAGAACGUGAUACAGAUAUAAAAACAGAUGAAUUUCAAAAACAUGGUAGCCUUCUUGUUAUUGUCAAAUUUAUGCCACCUAAUAAACAUGUUGAACAACAAACAUUUGGUAGAACUUCACGACAAGGUAAACGAGGUACAAGUCAAAGAAUAUUAAAUGCAAUUAAUUUAGCUCAUUAUGCUGAUUUUGAUAUACAGAAAAUAACAGAACUAAGAGAUAAAAUUGAAGCAAACAUAUUAAGUGACUUUGAACAACGUGAAUUACAAAUUAUUACCUUAGCAGAUGAAAUUUUUACUAAGUUUUAA